UACCUUAAAGCAACUGUUACUCUAUGGAUCGGUUUGUUUGCUUACAAUGUGGUUCAUUGUAAUCCAGAUGCUAAACGACUAUAUGAUGAUCUAUUAUCAAGUUAUAACCGAUUGAUACGACCUGUCUACAAUAACAGUGAUAAAUUAAUUGUAAAAAUGGGAUUGAAAUUAUCACAACUUAUUGAUGUGAAUCUCAAAAGUCAAAUAAUGACAACUAAUGUAUGGCUUAAUCAGGAAUGGACAGAUUAUAAGCUGAAAUGGGAUCCCAGAGAGUAUGGCGGAGUGUCUCAGCUGUAUGUGCCGGCAGAGGAGAUAUGGUUACCAGACAUUGUUCUCUACAAUAACGCUGAUGGCAAUUAUGAGGUUACUAUCAUGACUAAAGCUAUCAUUCACGACUCCGGAAAAGUGGUUUGGAAUCCGCCGGCGAUAUACAAGAGUUCUUGUAAUAUAGACAUCAAUUAUUUCCCAUUUGAUCAGCAGGAAUGCUCGAUGAAGUUCGGCAGCUGGACAUACGACGGAAGUCAAGUUGAUUUGAUACACUUGUUUGAUCCGACACAAACUGAAAAGGAGACCACUAUUGUCGAUGGCAUUGAUUUAUCUGAGUUUUAUCUGAAUGUUGAAUGGGAUAUAAUGCGAGUGCCGGCCAAAAAAAAUAUCAAAUUUUAUUCAUACGAUUCAGAUCCCGCUCCCUAUCUGGACAUCACUUUCAAUAUAACACUUAGAAGAAAGACUCUCUUCUAUACGGUAAAUCUGAUCAUUCCUUGUGUCGGUAUUUCGUGUCUAUCAGUACUUGUAUUUUAUUUGCCCUCCGAUUCCGGCGAAAAGGUCACACUAUCGAUCUCUAUUAUGCUGUCCUUAACUUUCUUUUUCUUGGUACUCAUUGAGACCAUUCCAUCGACAUCGUUGGCGAUACCAUUGUUAGGCAAAUAUCUUAUUUUUACAAUGGUCCUUGUUACUUUUUCAGUAAUCGUAACGGUAUUAGUAUUGAACAUACAUUUUCGGUCGCCAUCCACUCAUCGUAUGGCUCCGUGGGUUCGCAAGACUUUUAUUAGGAUAUUACCAAAGUUACUAUUGAUGAGACCGCCACAGUUUAAAAUUGAGUCCACUGAGUCUGAUAAUAAAAUUACCACUGAAAAGGUGAUCACAGAUAUGGCCACUCUAUUAGGUCCAAUCUCUUCCACAUCCAAUUGUAUUGCCGUCAAACCCGAUCAAUACAUGAUCGCCAAUAAAGACUUCAGAAGUAGCAGUGGUGCCAACAAAGUGCGAUCUAUAGUUCCUCCACAACAAACUAAUUUGUUUUCUAACUCUGGCUCCGGAGGAGAUGAGAUCAUUAUUCAAGAUUUAGAGGGCAGUCCAGUACUACCAUUUUUUGAGCCACCGGUGGCCACCAGUUAUUAUCCCAAAGAAGUGGAUCAAAUGAUACAUAACGCCAUAUUUAUUGCUCACCACAUCGAUAAUGCCGACGAAUUCAAAAGUAUUCAAGAGGACUGGAAAUACGUUGCAAUGGUUUUGGACAGGCUAUUUUUAUGGAUAUUCACAGCUGCCUGUGUAAUUGGCUCGUCGUGUAUAUUAUUAUUGGCCCCAUCCAUAUACGAUACAACUAUACCACUUGAUAUAAUGCAUUCAAAAAUAGCUAAAAGUCAGUUUGAUUUUUUGGCAGAAGUUUAA